UGGAACCAUGGAGGCUGCAGAAGAGAAGAAAAAGAAGAUUCCUGCUGUGCCAGAAACCCUUAAGAAAAAGCGAAAGAAUUUCGCAGAGCUUAAGAUCAAGCGCCUGAGAAAGAAGUUUGCCCAAAAGAUGCUUCGAAUGGCAAGGAGGAAGCUUAUUUAUGAAAAAGCUAAGCAUUACCACAAGGAAUACAGGCAGAUGUACAGAACUGAAAUUCGAAUGGCUAGGAUGGAACGAAAAGCCGGCAACUUCUAUGUACCCGCGGAACCCAAAUUGGCAUUUGUCAUCAGGAUCAGAGGUAUCAACGGUGUGAGCCCAAAGGUUCGAAAGGUAUUGCAGCUCCUUCGCCUCCGGCAGGUCUUCAGUGGCACCUCUGUGAAGCUCAACAAGGCAUCAGUUAACAUGCUGAGAAUUGUGGAGCCAUGCAUUGCAUGGGGGUACCCAAAUCUGAAGUCUGUGAAUGAACUGAUCUACAAGCGUGGUUAUGGCAAAAUCAACAAAAAGCGAAUUGCCCUGACAGACAACUCAUUGAUUCCGCGAUCUCUUGGGAAAUACGGAAUCAUCUGCAUGGAGGAUCUGAUUCAUGAGAUCUAUACAGUUGGAAAACGUUUCAAAGAAGCAAACAACUUCCUGUGGCCCUUUAAAUUGUCUUCUCCAUAA